UAGUCAUCAGAUCGUAAACAAGAAUGGCCAUAAACAUGACCAGCACGCUAUAGAGUGGGGUCAUUGAUGUUUGAAUGGUGCUGUAUUAAAAAAAUUUCCAGUUUCCGCUGCCCACCUGAGUCACAAUCUGUGCGAUGGGGUUGCUGGGGGUUUCAAACUUCUCGCCAGUGAUUGGAUUGUGAGCGAUCUUGGGAUCCAGAAUGUCCUUCUGAAUGUCCUCGAGGAACUUCUCGGGGGUCUUGCUCAUGUGGAGAUUCCAGGCCUUGGUCAGGGUCUCGCAAACGACCGCCUUGUCGUUGGGAGGCAGGCCAAAUGUCUUGUUGUCAAUGCGAACGAGGGCAGCCAGAAUGAGAAUCAAGUAGCCAUAGUCGGGGAAGCGGGCAAGAGCAUCGGGAAUGCAUUGCGUCAGCGGACCAACGCGGAGACGGUCGAUGGUGCGCAAGUAAACCACAUGAGCCAGGGCAUAGACGGGGCAGGUGGCAUGAGGGUCGAUCUGGCGUCCAAUGCUCAUGUCGCGCUUGAGCUCGUUGCGGUUGAAAUAGGGAUCGAUGACCUGCUCAUCGUAGACGGAAAUCGAGGACACGUCAGCAGAGACAAAGGCUGGGUUGAUCUUUUGGAUCAGAGCGUCGACAAUAUCGUUCUCGACGGAUCGGACGAUAUCGAUAUUGUUGUCGGCACUGGCCGAGGACCAAAUGAACUUUGGGAAGAGCUCGGAGAGCGAGUUGAUGACAUGGGUCUUGUUGCUGACAGGGUCCUGCUUCAACAGGUCGAUGGCAGUCUUGAUGCGAUUGAAGGUGGGGAGGUGGUAGAUGAUGUGCUUCAACUGGUUCUCAUCCCACUCCUUGAUCGGCUGGUCGUGGAAGAAGCGAUAGACUUCAUCGUGAUGGGGGUCGACGGCGGCCAUAUCCUGGAUAUGUGUAUGUGUUGCUUCAACAACAUCAUCAUCUCGGGCGGCACCGCAGACAACUUUAUCAUCGGCAACCAGCUGCCGGCCCCGGGAACGUUCACAUCGAUCACGGUGACGGGUGGCGUGUGGUUCCUCGAUGUCUACGGACACCAGGGAUUCAUAUGGAACCCAGGCACCUUUGGCGGGAAUCCAUACCCAGGGAGCCUGACGCUGCAGGCGAGUCUGACGGUGGAUCAGAGCACACAGCUGGGUGAGAUCACCAUCGCAAACAACACAAUCGAGUCGCAGGGAGAUCUGCAGCUCAAUCCGGGGACGGGGACGGUCGAUCUGGCAGGAGAUCUAGCGAUCUCAUGGACGCAAGCGGCAUCCAUCGUGCUGCCGAACGGUGUGCAAGACGGCCACACGAAGAUCUUGAUGGUGUCGUCGCCCGGCACAUCCCCUCUGGUCGUCAAGGGGCGCUUCGUGCCGGUCGUUCGUGGCGGAACCGUUCCAUCCGGGCAGAGCUAUGCGAUCCAGCUGCAAUAUAGAGGCGAGUCGACGCAGUUCCUGUGGGAUAACCAGGUGCAGGCAUGGAUGAUUGUGAAUAGCGGUGCAAAGGUGGUGGUCGUGUCGAGCUGAGGCUGGCCUGGCCGGAUCGCGGGCAGA